ACCAAAAAUAUAGUCCCUAUUAGAUUACUGCUUCGCUUCACUCUCUGCGUUGAUAUAGAAAGCCUCUCUUUCGACUAAUACAGAGAGGUAAGGCUGUUUAAAAUGAAGGAUAAACAGGCAUAUGCUGUAGCCAGCUUAUGGAUAAUAUUGAUCAUAACGAAUUCAGAAACCGAAAGUUUGGAGGUAAAUGGAGUCACAAUCGGGUUUAACAAGACGUGUUCAUCUCAUCCCAAUAUCACCUGUUUCGUAUAUUACAUUAAACAAAGUGGUUGUUCCGCCAAAGCGGCCACAGCGUUUCCCCACUUGUACAAGGUUCCGGAAGAUUACCGAUUCCCGGAGAAGCCAGAGUCAAUGGAAACUCAGGUGUUUAGCAGGGAAUGGCCUGGAAACAAGAAAUAUUACUCAGGAUUAAGGGUGACCCUCAUGGCCCCAGUCACAGGAAGCUUUGAUGUUGUGAAAGGUUUCGAACUUAUCUUCACAUAUAAUAGAGAUGUGAAAUAUGGCUGUUUGAUAUUUGACUUAUCCGCACAGAAUUUGACAUACAAUGAUGUGGUUCAGACUGGUUUUUGGACUGAGAUCUGGCCCAUGGCCACAGCAAAUCCUCCCAUUGUUUUUCUGGUCAGUAGGAGUCUUCCCCCUGCACCUGCGCAGUACGAUCGAUACCUCAACGUAACCGAAAACGUCCAAAACGGGGAGUAUGGCGUCUGUGUACCGAAUGGAGGAUGCGGUAGCGAUGUAAUACCACCAAGUCAGUGGGUAACCACAAUAUUUUAUAAGACCACCACAAACAGUUCUGGACCUUUCAAUAACCUGGAGAUGAGUUUUGCUUUGGGACCCCCGGAGUACAAAUUUAAUGAGUACACUGUCAGCCUAGAAAACGUUAAUGAUUCCAAACCAAUCAUAAUUCGCAACAUGCCAAAGGAAAAGCCGCACCACGUGUUUACAAGACUUUCGCCUGGACAAUAUGUGAUAAAGAUUAAACCAUAUGAUGAACAUUCUAACGAUAGGAAUCGAUGUCUAUGUAGAAAUGAAUUCCUAGCAUGUUUAGCCUGCAAAACGACAGUUACCAAUGAAAUAACAGUGGGAUAUACCCAGAGUCAAGAGGUAUACGUGGGAGGGUAUACUAUAACUGACUAUUGAUCACAUCAAGCUUUGAACGGAUAUGAAGAGUAAUGUGUAGAAAAAGUUGUUCAUGGACAGACGGAUAAGUGUGCCCUCUUUAUGCUAAUUAUGGGCUACUUGACUUAUAGACAAUAUUGAGUUCAAAAUAAAGUUUUAUCAUGACAGUAUCAUAUAAAAAUUACAUACCAUCGAAACUGAUUUAAUUAAGUGUACUUGCAAGUAAAUGGUACUUUAAUCUUUUCUUAAUUCUCGAUAUAUAGUAUAUUGUCUUAUAGUAUAUCUACUGACAAUUAAAGAAAUUAAGGAUUGGGAAAUUGGAAAGUAAAAAAAAGUAUAGA